GGAAUAUUGCUGUCAAAAUGUUUUGUUGUAUUUUGAUAACCAGUGGCCGCAUGUAUAUCCAGGAAAUAUGAUGAAUUGUUCUCAAAGAGUAAAUCUUUUGGUUCCCGACUACAACCAGAAAAUUGUUUUAUCAAAUUAUUUUACCCAGAGUCAUUGUCGUAGAGUUUUAUCUCAUAACGGAAAAUUUGAUCUAAAUUGUGAAGGUAGACGAUCGUUUAUUUCUGCUAGAGCAAGAUGGUGGUUUAUUGUUGUUAGUAACUGCAAAAGUAACAAGGGUCUAAAAUUGAAAUACAACAUAAUUUUGACAAAUGGUGAAUCAUUUUGGAAAAAACAUUUUUCAGCAGAUGAGCAAUAUAUAUUAGAAGCUGAUAUCGUUUUUUUGAUUGCAUUCAUCGUUGUGUUUAUUCUUGGAAUAAUAGAAGCUAAGAUUCUUGUGUCUAGAAAGUUAUUUCACUAUACGUAUAAGAUAUUCCUUUGCUCAGCAUUCUUUGAAGUUAUUGCUCUCAUCGUUCACAUUGGCUAUUUUACUGAUUACGGUUUAGAUGGUAAACCUAAUCUAGAAAGCAAAGUCGUAGGUGAUGCCAUUCAUUUCAUAGGACAAUUAAUGUUUUUGGUAAUGCUCAUACUUCUCGCUAAAGGCUGGACGGUAACUAGGUAGGAAAUAAGUUCAAGUGGACAGGUUAAACUAGCAGUUUUCUCGACACUUUAUUGUUUUUCUUUCGUAAUUCUUUUCAUCUACGAACAAAUUAUAUUUGAUCCGGGUAGAGUACUUUAUAUUUAUGAAAGUCCUGCUGGUAUUGGAAUAUGCAUUCUUCGGGUUUUGGCUUGGAUUUGGUUUUGUUAUGCAACCUUCUUUACGUUAAAAAAUUUUCCUCAAAAAACGGCUUUUUACUAUCCAUUUUGGCUUUUGUACUCUGGCUGGUUUCUUGUUGGUCCCACUGUCGUACUCAUUGCUGCCUACGUUAUUGAGGAUUAUCAAAGAGCACAAAUUGUUAGUGGAAUAGAGUGGGGAGUUUCGUUUCUUGCUCAUGCAUUUUUCUUGCUUCUUACUCGUCCUUCUGCUGCCAAUGUAAAUUUUCCAUUUCAUAUGAGAACAUGUCAGAUUGGUGUUUCAAUGCCAAGCAACAAUGACAUUACGUCUGCUUAUGCUUACGCUCCUGACAAUCUUAGUGUUUUCAAUGCUGAUACAUUUUCCAUAUUUCAAUCUCGUGGUCCUCUGGUAGCCCUGAGUUCAGACUCAAGUGUUUCAUGCAAAUCGUAUUCAAAUGGAAACGUGCAAGAAGCUAAAAACUGUUCGAAAACAACAUCAUCUAGUGCAACUGCAGCUCGUGAGACAUGCACUUUAUAUCAUAAAUUUAUUUUUGUCAUAGAGCUUUUCUUGAAAGUUACGUUCCCGGCGUCUGAUGAAUUCUUAUUCUCUCGCACUUCAUUCGUCCGAUUGAAGGAAAUGUAUUAGUUGAAAUGAAAUGUGUACAGCAAUCAAGUUUCUUUGUAAAGAAAUAUACAUUAAUUUAUUAAUUUUUAUCACCCAUUUUUAUACUUUCGUCAAUUUAGAUAUCCACAUUCUUUUACUAAUUCAAAUAAAACGACAUUACGAGGCGUUCAGCUGGACAAAUUUAACCAACAAGCUUAUGAAUUAAAUUAUAUUGUAUGAUAUACCUAUUAACGGGCCUACUAAAUAUAUGAUGGGCUUGCUUGUAUACAGUUGUAGACCUGACAUCUGGCUUUAGUAACAUUUACCAUUUGGCAGAUUAGUGAAUGACUGUUGUUAACAGACAAUUCACAUCAACUUUACUCCACCAUGUCAAAUGAAGAAAUAUUCUACCCUCUUUCUUGUCUUGAAUGUUUAACAAGUUAACAAGUCCGCGCAGGCGUACACUGGUUAUAUAAAAAAAAACUUUCUAAUGUUUUAAAGAAAGAGUAAAAUAUUCCAAUAAACUUGCAGCAAUUAGGUUCAUUAAGUGAAGACACAUUAAUUAAAAUUGUAAAAAAACGAUUGA